CCUGCUUCGAGGCAUAAGAAACCCUGCGGCGUCCCUUCCUUCUUUCCCAGGCGGCUGCCGAAGAUGGCGGAGGGGCAGCAGGUCUUGAUCCUCGAUGGCCGAGGCCAUCUCCUGGGCCGCCUGGCGGCCAUCGUGGCCAAGCAGGUGCUGCUGGGCCGGAAGGUGGUGGUGGUGCGCUGCGAGGGCAUCAACAUUUCUGGCAACUUCUACCGGAACAAGCUGAAGUACCUGGCCUUUCUCCGCAAGCGGAUGAACACCAACCCCUCCCGCGGCCCCUACCACUUCCGCGCCCCCAGCCGCAUCUUCUGGAGGACCGUGCGGGGGAUGCUGCCCCACAAGACCAAGCGGGGCCAGGCCGCCCUGGACCGGCUGAAGGUGUUUGACGGCAUCCCGCCCCCGUACGACAAGAAAAAGCGGAUGGUGGUGCCGGCUGCCCUCAAGGUCGUGCGUCUGAAGCCAACGAGGAAGUUUGCCUACCUGGGGCGCCUGGCUCACGAAGUGGGCUGGAAGUACCAGGCGGUGACGGCCACCCUGGAGGAGAAGCGCAAGGAGAAGGCCAAGAUGCAUUACCGCAGGAAGAAGCAGCUGAUGAGGCUACGGAAACAGGCCGAGAAGAACGCCGAGAAGAAGAUCUGCAAGUUCACAGAGGUCCUUAAGACCCACGGACUCCUGGUCUGAGCCCAAUAAACUUGACUGUUUGCUCACGUCUGGCCUUCCCUUCCUCCCCGGGGCCCUGGGGCGUGGGGGACCCCACAGGGCAAGCUGUCUGGGGCCUACAGAGCUCACACGAGUGUGGGUGUAGCUUGCCUGAGGCCAGCUUGUGCACAAGUUUAAGGAAUCAGCACUUGGAGCAGCCAGCUCCGACUAUGGAAUUUUGCAAUGGUGACCUGGAAACACGGAGGGCUUGGGGCUUUCACUCCCGGGGUGGUCGAUGCUAUACUCUGCAGCUGGUGGAGAGUGCUAGCCUGGGCAGGUGUGGGCCUGAUGUUGUACAGGGGGCUUGACUUACGCUGGGAGGGCAGCUAAGGGCAUCGGUUCCUGUGCCGGCCCUGUGUUCUGUAAUAUAAAAUAAAUUAUUUUAAAAUAAAA